CUUUUAAGGUUAAUACAUUGAAAUGACACAAAUAAGGACAGAGUGACAUUUACCCACAACACAUGAACAUCACUGAGGCUUAAGUAAACUAGAAACAUCACUGUAGCCUCGUUGUUAAAUAAUCAUAACAUUAAAAAAUACCACUUUUAGCUCAUUCCAUCAUUUCACAAAAAUAUAUAUUUUUAUAUUCCCUUCUAUAUAUCCACAAAUGUGACGUGCAGUAAUGAACUUAUUCCACAGUUAUCUUGUCUGGCGGAGACGCGCAGUGCGCGUUCGCGUGCCGGAGGAAGGGAGAGUUCUUCUUUCACUGCUCCAUCCGGGCACUUUCCGAAUUAGCAUUGACAACCGAAGCGCAACUUUUUCCUCAGGCAAAGUGAAAUCCAGCCGCGCACUCGGACAAAAUCUAGUCCCCCGUUUUCAACUCAAAGUUCCGCAAAUAGACCCCCGCGUUUGGGAUCGAUCGGAAACGCGUUCGCGGCGUCGUUUACGGAGCCGAUCUGCGCGAGCGUCGGCGUCUUUCGCUCGUCUUUUGGGCACUUUUGUUUAUACUGGCGUAAAGUGGGUGAUGAGUCUCGCGGCCAGUGAAGAAGCAAGAACUUGCUGUGCAGCCCGAGUAGUUCUUUCGAUUGUUAUUGUUGCUUUUAAAAACAUUUGGACUACGCCACAAAUAACGCGGAUCGCGUCGAAAGUGGAGGAAAAGUGCUUCUGAAGUCGCAACAUGGAGCUACAAGGCCUUCAAGAGGCACUGAAAGUAGAAGUCCAAUGUCAUCAGAAGCUCGCCGUCAGAAGUUGUCCUGUGGGGACGGCCGCCAAACCCCUCGCCCUCAUCAAGCCGCCCAGCCAGAGCAUCGCCAUCUCUGUGGUGCCGGCCAAGACUCCCGUUUCCAUGGUGACGGCACACAUUAAUGGACAAAAGACGCUGAGUUCUGAGACGCUCCAGACGUCCCCCAUCAACCUCCAAACGCCCGUCGGACAAAACAUCAGCCGCUCACAGAUGUUGGGAGCCCUCACUGCGAUUCCCAUCAAGGUGCCUCACGUGAGCUGUCUUCAGAGGCUGGCGGGACACUCGCCCAGCGUGCUACCUCAGGUUAGGCCAAAGACUCUUAUUCCAGACAGCCUUCCCCACAGUCCAUGUCGAGAGCAGCAGUCGGGCCAGACGCUGGCCGUGUCGCAGGGCAUGGCUGUGAUCAGCCCAAAGAGCCAGGGCGCAUCUCUGCCAACUGCCAACAGCACCUUCCGCAAUGAGAGAUUGUCCAACAGGCAGGAUGAGAGUUCAUCGACGCCACCGGCCGUGUCCGGCGUCUCCACGGCCAACCCCGGAGUGGCGUAUGCCAUCAUCUCUGCGGCAUCGCCCGGGAUUCAAGGCGUGUCGGGGGUCACAGAGGCCAUCAAGGUGCAGCCUAUGAUCUUCAGCCCGGACAGCAAGGUUAUAAUCAUCCAGCCACAGAUCCCCAGCAGCUCUCCAGCCUCACAGACGGACAGUGCCGUACGUGAACCUAGCCCCGAUCCCUUAACCCCAGCCAAAAAGACAGAAGAGGAUCCAGAGAAACUUAACUUCAUGGUGUCAUUAGGUCUGGUGACGACAGAACAUCUGGAGGAGAUUCAGAGUAAAAGACAGGAGAGGAAACGACGCAGUACAGCGAACCCAGCGUACAGCGGCAUGUUCGAACCCGAGCGCAAACGGCUCGCCUCGCAUUACCUGAACGGCGCAAUGUUUCUGUCGGCAAAAGACUCUGAGGAACUGGGUUGGAAGGAGGAGCUGCAGCAUGAUGAUCACUGCGCGGUGUGUAAAGAAGACGGAGAUCUUCAGCCGUGUCACACCUGCACCCGAGCGUACCACCCCGACUGCCUGCACCCCCCUCUCAAAACUGCCAGCAGGGCCAUGUGGAUGUGCCCCAAGUGCCAAAAGAAAGUUUUGAACAAAGAAAACUUGACGUGGCCACAGAACUUCAUCCAGUCGUAUGUGACGCAUAAAACAGUGAGAGAGGAGGAGAGGAGGAAGCUCAUGAGAAGAAACGGUGAACUGAAGAAAGAGUGUGAACAUCUGAGCGAACAGGACCAAAGACUCGGCAACUCUCUGUCGAAAUGCAUGGAGCUGAAGGAGUGUCUCCUGAGUCAACAGCGGGACACGCAGGCCUCUCUGGAGCGCCUCAAGACUUUAAUACGCCUCAUCCAGCGUGACCAGAUGAUUCAAUUCACUAUGACGGCCACCACCACCACGGGAGCGUCGCUGCUCUCCCUGCCCUGGAUCAAAGCCACGGGCAGCAGCACCACCACCACGCCGCCAUCUGUAGGCCCCGCCGCGGUACUGCACAAAAACCUGCUGCAACCGCAAGACAACAACUGACCCCAGAUCACCAAACACAUUCAUACUGAGACACGGACGGUGACGUCUAACAAACGUGUUGUCUUUUGGUAAUGCGGAGGGGCGGGAAUGCAAAAGAAGAAGUUAUAAUCGAUUCAUAAGUAUUUUUUAAAGCCAAACACACACACAGUGCUCACAAGAUUUUUUUUACGCACUGUUUUUUUAAUUUGUUAUUUUUCUCGGCCUUACUGUAUUUACGACUAGAUUAAAAUGCCGUCGCAGAUAUAUGAAAUGAGUAUUCUACAUAGCUAGAGGCGUUUUUUUAUGCUUUGCGUUUUUUACGGGGGGGUUCGGUGUUGGUGGGGGGGUCUGUGGGUGGGGGGUUACGGUAGUUGUGGUUGUCUUGGCAAGCGACGUAUGAAACCGAGAGCACUGUACAUUGAUAUAUUUGAAUAGAUGGUUAGCAUUUUCAGCGAACAGCGGUUGCCAUAAUAAUUCAGGUUAAAGAGAGAUGGGGGCGAGUACGGACGAGCAGACGAACACGAAAGACAAAUAAACAACAACAAACUUUUUCAGUAUUAAUAGAGUUGAAAGAACAAAGUAUUUAAGAUAACAACAGAAUUUAGCCUUUUUAGGGGAGAUUUGAGUAUUUUCAUGCGGAUGCCUGGGAAUCAUUUCAGACGAGUAUUGGCGGGAGGGAUCGUCGUUGUACAUAUAUUUAUUUUAUUUUGGCUGUCCCAACAAAAAGAGCAAAAGGCCAUUUCAGUUCUUUGAGUGCCUGAUCCCAUUAUCCAAAAAAGUUGAUUUUGUUUGCCCAGUUUAUAAGAUAUGCCAAAAACCAGGAGCGGUUUUGUACCGUGGACGUUUCAUUUCAUCUCGCUUUCGUCAGUUUCUAUUUUCACGUGUUGUUUGUUUUCUUUUUAUUAUCCUUCAUCACGUCAUGGACAUCAACCGCAAUUGCAUUAUUAUUAUUUCUAUUUUUUUUUUUUUUGAAGUAAACACUGCCUGAUGAAUAUCAUGAAGUCAUAUCAAAAUAGCCUAGAAAAAUCCUUGAAAGGGUACUUUGGAGAUUUGAAUGGUUUGUCUUCCGCUGCGUUUAAGUUCAAAUGUUUGUUUAUUGAAACCACGAUCCCUGACGGAGUUACAAACAAACAAUUGCAACGGCACGGUCAUUCUUAGUCAAUGAGAUUUCAUUAAAAUAUUUAAAGAAACAAAUAACAUCAUUAUCUGUUUAUAUCUUUAAGGGCUAACAAACUUCGAUCAAACCACAUCUGGAUUAAAUAACGAGUCUUCUUCCGAUCGAAAAGAAACAUCUCCUGAAAUCUUUUGGGUUAAAUGUCAGUUGAAGUCUGUGUAUAUAAUCUAAGAAAAUACAAUAAAAUAUAUUUUCACUGUAAUACAAUGCUACAUAAUACAACAUGCCAGAAACGAUUGAAUGCAUUUGAUCAUAAACAUCUUACUAAAAAGUGAUUAUUAUGUUUGUCAUAUGCAAGGACACAACGGCGUUCAGACUUUAAUAAGCGCGACUUUAGUUUCUAAAUACUUGUUGUAUGUGAAAAGACGUUCUGUUAUGAGGCGUUAUAAACAGGCCGAUCCCUACAAUGCGUUAUAUAAACAGACUUCAUUAAAUGUGCUGUUGUUUUACGUAUAGAUUUUUUUACAAAAGCCCACAGAAUGUCUCCUUCAGGUCCUGUAUUAUCAGAAAACGAUUGUAACUGAGUGCAUAUCAUGUGUCAGACUGUUUUGUCACCUGCUAAAUAUUGAACAAAAUCAGAUGUGCCACUGCAAAAAAAGAAAAACACGACAUCACGGCCUCGUUUUCCAGUAAAAUGUGUCAACAAAAUAAACCUACUUAAGUACUUAAAUGUACAAAACAUUAAUAUUUAAUAAGUAUAUUUUUCUUUAUUUAAUAUUUAAUAAGAAUAUUUGUGUUUAAUUUAUAUUUAAUAAGAAUAUUUGUGUUUAUUUUCAUAUUAUCUCAAGUAAAUGAUGUAUUCUUUUAUAAUUUGUGUUUAUUUUUUCUGUAUUUAUAUUUGAUUUCUAGCUAGAAAACAAGACACGAGGCAGGCAAACAUGACAGCUCCUCAUUAUCAGUUUCGUAAAGAAAUCUGCAUAUCAUUUUCAUUCACACGCUGACACUCACGUUCCAGAAAUCCUCUCCGGGAGAAACUGUGCUGUGCUUCUACAGAUCUAUUUUACUACACUCGACACUUGGUUGAACAAAAACAAAUCUAUUCUUUUAUCAAUGAACAAAUGAGGGAAGACACAGUGUUUUUUUUUUUAUUAUUUGCUAAUUAUGCAUUUUGACUUACGAUAUGUGGUGUGUACGUUUGCGACGUAAGAGCAGACGGCAAGACGAAGGAUUUAAGACCGAGAUGUCUUCAUGACGUCAUGGGGCCGUGUUUGCCUUGUUCGCUCUGAAGGGGACUGUCCAGUGGAUAGUACGUAUAGAAAAGUGUGUGUCUUAUAUAUGCCAAUGUAGUUUUUACAUCAUCUUAUGAUCUAUUCAAGUCGAGUGAUGGACGUUGAUCAAUUGUAAAGAGUCUCACCUUUUUGUGCCCAUUGAAAACUUGAUUCAUAAUAAACAAGGAGAAAUCCUGGAAAAUGA